GGUCCCGCAUAGCCCCUGCCACGCGGCCUGCAUCUCCGCGACGGUCCACUGGGGGCGAUGUGGAGAGUCCUCCGUCGCCCCGUAGAAAUCUACGCGGCUCCGGGGCCGCUUGCUUCCUGUUUGUCGGACGAGGAGACAUGGCGGCAGCGCCGGCGGCGGCUGGAGCUGGGGCCAGCCGAGGGAGACAGUCGGCUGCUACAGCGGCGGCGUGGGGUGGCUGGGGCGGCCGGCCGCGGCCCGGUAACAUCCUGUUGCAGCUGCGGCAGGGCCAGCUCACCGGUCGGGGCCUGAUCCGGGCGGUGCAGUUCACUGAAACAUUUUUGACCGAGAGGGACAAAUUGUCCAAAUGGAGUGGAAUUCCUCAGUUGCUUCUUAAGCUCUAUGCCACCAGCCACCUUCACAGUGACUUCAUCGAGUGCCAAAACAUCCUCAAGGAGAUUUCCCCUCUUCUCUCCGUGGAGGCUAUGGCAUUUGUAACUGAAGAUAGGAAACUUACUCAAGAAGCUACGUAUCCAAAUACAUAUAUUUUUGACUUGUUUGGAGGUGUUGAUCUUCUUAUAGAAAUUCUUAUGAGGCCUACAAUCUCUAUCCGGGGACAGAAACUAAAAAUAAGUGAUGAGAUGUCGAAGGACUGCUUGAGCAUCCUGUACAACACCUGUGUCUGUACGGAAGGAGUGACAAAGCGUUUGGCAGAGAAGAAUGAUUUUGUGAUCUUCCUGUUUACACUGAUGACAAGUAAGAAGACAUUCUUACAAACAGCAACACUCAUUGAAGAUAUUUUGGGUGUUAAAAAGGAAAUGAUUCGGCUAGAUGAAGUUCCUAAUCUGAGUUCCUUAGUAUCCAAUUUCGAUCAGCAGCAGCUUGCUAACUUCUGCCGGAUUCUGGCUGUCACCAUUUCAGAGAUGGACACAGGGAAUGACGACAAACACACACUUCUUGCCAAAAAUGCUCAGCAGAAGAAGAGCUUGAGCUUGGGGCCUUCUGCAGCUGAAAUCAACCAAGCUGCUCUCCUCAGCAUCCCUGGCUUCGUGGAACGGCUUUGCAAACUGGCAACUCGAAAAGUGUCAGAGUCCACGGGCACAGCCAGCUUCCUUCAGGAGCUGGAGGAGUGGUACACGUGGCUGGACAACGCGCUGGUGCUGGACGCCCUGAUGAGAGUGGCCAGUGAGGAGUCUGAACACAAUCAAGCCUCCACUGUGUUCCCCCCUCUAGGCACCUCAGAGGAGAAUGCGUUGCCACAUACCUCAGCCAGGACCCAGCUGCCCCAGUCCAUGAAGAUUAUGCAUGAGAUCAUGUACAAACUGGAAGUGCUCUAUGUCCUCUGUGUGCUGCUGAUGGGACGUCAGCGAAACCAGGUCCACAGGAUGAUUGCUGAGUUCAAGUUGAUCCCAGGACUCAAUAAUUUGUUUGACAAACUGAUUUGGAGGAAGCAUUCAGCCUCCGCCCUUGUCCUCCAUGGUCACAACCAGAACUGUGACUGUAGCCCGGACAUUACCCUGAAGAUCCAGUUUUUGAGGCUUCUCCAGAGUUUCAGUGACCACCAUGAGAACAAGUACCUGCUGCUCAACAAUCAGGAGCUAAAUGAACUCAGUGCCAUCUCUCUGAAAGCCAACAUCCCUGAGGUGGAAGCUGUCCUCAACACUGACAGGAGUUUGGUGUGUGAUGGCAAGAGGGGCUUACUAACUCGGCUGCUGCAGGUCAUGAAGAAGGAGCCAGCAGAGUCUUCAUUCAGGUUUUGGCAAGCCCGGGCUGUGGAAAGUUUCCUCCGAGGGACCACCUCCUAUGCAGACCAGAUGUUCCUGCUGAAGCGAGGCCUUCUGGAGCACAUCUUAUACUGCAUUGUGGACAGUGAGUGCAAGUCGAGGGAUGUACUCCAGAGCUACUUUGACCUCCUGGGAGAGCUGAUGAAGUUCAACGUCGAUGCAUUCAAGAGAUUCAAUAAAUACAUCAACACUGAUGCAAAGUUCCAGGUGUUCCUGAAGCAGAUCAACAGCUCGCUGGUGGACUCCAACAUGCUGGUGCGCUGUGUCACUCUGUCACUGGACCGAUUUGAAAACCAGGUGGACAUGAAAGUGGCUGAGGUCCUGUCCGAGUGCCGCCUGCUCGCUUACAUAUCCCAGGUGCCCACCCAGAUGUCCUUCCUUUUCCGUCUCAUCAAUAUCAUCCAUGUGCAGACACUGACGCAGGAGAAUGUCAGCUGCCUCAACACCAGCCUAGUGAUCCUGAUGCUGGCCCGGCGGAAAGAGCGGCUGCCCCUGUACCUACGGCUGCUACAGCGAAUGGAGCACAGCAAGAAAUACCCUGGCUUCCUGCUCAACAACUUCCACAACCUGCUGCGCUUUUGGCAACAGCAUUACCUACACAAGGACAAGGACAGCACUUGUCUGGAGAAUAGCUCCUGCAUCAGCUUUUCGUACUGGAAGGAAACAGUGUCCAUCUUGUUAAACCCAGACCGCCAGUCGCCUUCUGCCCUGGUCAGCUACAUUGAGGAGCCCUACAUGGACGUAGACAGAGACUUCACUGAGGAGUGACCUCGAACCAGGCUUCGGGAAGCUGCUGGGCCAGGGCAAGUGUGGGUGAACAUGAGUGUACCUGCCACACACUCUGCCCGUCCCUGUCCCUCUCUUGCCUCCCCACUGCUCUGUCUGCCCCAGGUCUUCAGGUAUAGGCUCAGUGGAAGGAACAUCCUAGAAGCUCUUGUCUCCUGGGUUUGAGGGCCUGGGCCGUUGGGGAGCCUGUUUCCUCACUGUCCCCAGGGUAAGGACAAUGGCACCGUGCCCACCCUUCCCUCACAGUCCUGGAGCCCUGGCCUGCCAGAGAAAGGGGACGUAGGAAACUCUCUCUGUCUGAACUCCUCCCAUCAGUCCCAUGUGGAGAGGAAAGUUCAGACCCUGUGAGCCAAGCCUCUCUGGCCUCAGGGCCCAGGCAGAAGCUCCUGAGCCCUGGACAGGGGUGGGUAUCGGAGAAUGCUGCCUUCCCCCAGGUCUGCCCAGCUCUCCUCCUUCCUCACCUCCCUUGUCUUCCUUUAGCUCCUCUGGUUCUUUGCUCAUUGGCCACUGUGUUCAUCCUGAAGGUUCCCCAGAAGUGGGGGGUCUUUUCUCUCCAUCCCUUGGGGUAUGGAGUGCCUGUGCCUGCCUGAGCCCAGACACAGGAGCCUGGCUGAGAGCUUAUCCUUGGCUCCUCCUGUGUUGCCAGUUUAUUAACAGCGAAUAAAGCAUUAAAUGGAGACUAUUAAAGAACUUUAUUU